AUGAGCGAAGAUCAUGUACACCAACCUUUUAUGAGAGAUACGUGGCCAGAUCCAGAAGCCCUCGGAUUCCGUGAAGCAAUUCCUGGUGAAAGUUCGAUCCGACGCCGUGGCAACUUGGUCCGUCGGUUUCUGGGGAAGGAUAAGAAUGGUCUAACUGAAAAGAUUGUUCACUUUUCUCGCAACCUCCACCCCGUUCUCUCGAAUGUCGACGGUGAAGGCGCUCCGAACAUCGAGGUUGCAGACGUGGCUACGAAUCUUCAAACUCUCAGAAAAUUCGACAGUGUUGCCAGGACGCACAUCCACAUGCAAAAGGGGGACUGGAGAUGUUGA